AUGUCAGCGUAUAACGGGUUCAAAAACCAUGUAACUUUUCCCAGUCAUCCAAAUCAAGAUCUCUAUGAUAAAUGUACUAUUGCUGCAAAAACAUUUGAUUUCAAUUACCACAAACCCUAUUCACCAGAACUUUCGGAGCAAAGCAACGAAAUGGAUGCAACAGUGUAUACUCCAUCACCUGUAGAUCAUUACGCUACAUUUGCUGCUACUACAUCGGAUGUUAGUGGAUUACGGAUAGAAGAAAAAAUUGAUGACGAGUUUUCGUCUUCAAGCGUGAUUAUUGAUGAAGAUGAAAUUAUAGAUGGCGCUUCGUCUCACAGUGAUUCUCUUAGUCUCAAAUUGUCGUCUUCACUUGGGACAACUGAAAUUAGACAGAAAGUUUUGGAAGAGGAAACUGAACCUGAAAACAGUGAAUUUGAAACUGUUGCCAAUGUAUUAAUUGAACAGUUGACGGGUGUAAAUAGUGAGGAGGUACGGCGUCGUCCAUACAAUUCUAUUGGCCCGGAUUGUGAUGAAUUACGAAAUAUGUUAGCAAUCGCUCUUCGAGAAGACAAACUAGCUCUGGAACUGAACAAGAAACGAUCUCAUUUAUCUGGUGUUGGAUGGUUAAUAUCAAACUCGACUUGCGUUGAUUCAGCUAGUGAAAAGAAAGAGCGAGUUAUGUUAGAUGGAUGUGGAAAGAAAUUGGGAAUAGAUGAGAGAAAAAGUCAACCUAGGAAAUGGAUUUACCACCCCGAUAUCGUUCGAGCAAAUGGUAAUGCGUGUUACAAAAUUUCGGCAGCAUUGGAUUCGACUACAUUCCCAAUAAGACUUCAGGACGGUGUGUUACUCAGUGAACUUCCCCCUCCACCCAUGCAUCCCAUUCUUCCCGAUGAGAUACGCAAAGCCGUGCGAGCGAAAAUGGUACGAUGCAAAUUUUGUAAAAAUCGUUUCAUUGAAAAAAAUUUGUAUGAGAGACAUCUGAGAAGUCGACAUCAUACUGAGUAUUUGGCAUAUUUAAUACAACAGGAAGAAGAAAUUGCAGAACAGAGGCAGGCUGAGCUGGAAGCCAAUCGCAUUGAAGAGCUCGCAACUGGAGGUUACAUCCCUCCAGAACACGAAAUAGAUGCAGAAUCCUAUGAAGUAGAGGUCGAAAAAAUCCCUUUACCCGGUGAAUUAAGUGGCGGCAUACCUGCGCGUUUUGAUCGUCAUGGUUUUUUACGUCAACCAAAGCGUUCUUAUAAAAAGAAGAUUUCUCCUCAGUGUCCUUUUUGUGAUAAGCGAUUCAGAAACGAAGUCUCUUUGAAAAAGCAUUUUGUGAAAAAGCAUCCCGAUGCAGUUGAAUUCAUCCAGUGCUUACGUUGUUUUAAAGCAGUUAAGACGGAGGGUGAAAUGGCCUCUCAUGAAUGUGAUCUGACAUAUAUAUGUUUUGAAUGCACCCCACUAAGAAAUUUGUGUUCUCAACAAAGGUUGCUCAACCAUCGAGCGAAAUUCCAUCGUGGUGCAAAUUCAGGCUUUAAGUGCAACAUGUGUGCAUUGAAAUUUCUUACGCCUCGAAAACUCAGGAAGCACAAAAAAAUGGCCCACGUUUUUACCAAAACUUUUGCUUGUCAUUUUUGUGAUGAGUUAUUUACAAGCGAAUGCUCGGUAACAACGCAUGAACGAAUACAUACCGGAAUAAUCAAAUUUGAAUGCCGAAUCUGUGAUUUCAAAUGUAAUCGGUUUAUUUGGAUGGAAGAACACCAGAAAGAAGAGCAUGGUUACAUUUGUUCGGUUUGCCAACAUAAAUGUGCCGAGUGGGGUGCUCUCAAAGAUCACACUUUGCAAGAGCAUGGUGGUUAUUUGACUAGUGAGUCAAAUGCAGGUUUGCAUUUAUUUUUUAUAUUUUGGUUUUAUAUAGUUUAUUGA